ACCAACCCCACACACAGAAUUAUAAGUCCACUGGCGUCCCUCUCCUCACCAACCCCUCAAAUUUAUACACCUAAAUCUUCCACAACCCACCACCAAUUAAUUCUAUAAGGGGUUGGUUGUUCACAGAUCUCAAUUUGUGCUGCUCAGAUCAGAUCUACUCAAUGGGUAAAGUCUAUAACUUGAAGGAGGUUGCUGAGCACAACACUCCCAAAGAUUGCUGGCUCAUCGUCCACGGCAAGGUCUAUGAUGUGACAAAGUUUUUGGAGGAUCAUCCUGGAGGCGAUGACGUUUUGUUGUCUGCUACAGGAAAAGACGCAACUGAUGAUUUUGAAGAUGUAGGGCAUAGCUCAACUGCUAAAGCCAUGAUGGAUGAAUUUUAUGUUGGCGAUAUAGAUACAGCAACAAUCCCCUCAAAGGUUGAGUACAAGCCUCCAAACCAGGCUCACUACAACCAAGACAAAACGCCCGAGUUCAUCAUCAAGAUUCUGCAAUUCUUGGUUCCAUUAGUGAUCUUGGGUGCUGCGGUUGGGAUCCGAUUCUAUACAAAAGCACAGUAAGAUCAUCAUGAUAUAAUGAUCUGGGUAUUUCAAAUUUGUGGCUUUUAGUUGUGUUGUUUAAGAAUCUGAGUUGUUCUUGUUUCUUAAAUCUUGAAACUGUUUUUGAGUACAUGAUGAAAUGAUUGUUGAUUAUGGUGACUUUAAGUUGGUAAUACAAGUACUUCUUUUAAAUAUC